CUGGACAGAAAACGACCUAUUCCUUCUGAAAAGGCGAUUAAUCCGCUUUUUGUCUCUAGACGCAGAGUUUGAGUGAUAUACCGCUAAUGUCAAAUGAAAAAGCAGAUCCAACCAUGCCGCUCCAGUUUGUGUAUAGCAACCAGGACUUUGUUGCAGAUGUGCAUUGGAACAGUGGGAACAGACAUGGGAUCGCCUCACCGCCAGCAAAGUUUGACACGACCAUCCAAGCCGGCUGGACAGACAGGAUGAACAGGGGGCUCUUCCGCUACCAUCUGGGUGAUUUACAAACCCGGAUCCUGCCAGGCCCAUAUGGCUAUGUGGCCCAGCUGAAUAUUGAAAGAGGAAUAGAGAGAAGGAAGCCUCAGGAGAUACUUAGUAUUCAGCAGGAUUUCAAUGGCAAGCAGUUUAAUUUUAACAAAAUCAAUCCAGAAGAAAUCAUAAUUGAAAUGAUAAAGGACGUUGAGGGAGGAAUUGAAAAGGGGCCGUUGCAUGAAGACUGCCGGAUGGUUGUGCUGGUCAAUGUCAGCCCUUUGGAGUUUGGUCACUGUCUCUUGGUUCCAGAUCCGUCACGCUGUUUCCCACAGGUCAUGACAAGUUUCGCCAUCCAAGCUGGUAUUGAAGCUGUGCUCCUGAGCUGCGAUCCUGGCUUCCGUGUGGGUUUCAAUAGUCUGGGAGCAUUUGCGUCCGUCAAUCAUUUACACCUACAUGGGUAUUACCUGGAUCAUGAGCUCAAGAUAGAAUCUGUGCCGGUCAAGCCUCUGGUUCCUGGGAAGAGCUUCUAUCGUUUGUUGGACUUUCCUGCAGGCUUUUUGUUUUACACAGAAUCUGAGACAGUGGAGAAAGUUGCCGAAGCCAUCUGUCAAGUCACAGACUUUCUUGUGGACGGUAAUAUUGCUCACAAUCUGUUCUUGACAAGAGGGUGUCCACCCUGUGAUCGCACUCAGAACAAAAAGGACCAGUGUUCAAGAAAAGGUGUUCGUAUCGCUGUAUGGCCCAGAACAUCGUGCUUCGGUGCCAAAGAGGAAUCUGCCUUCAAUGUCGCUCUCUGUGAGCUCGCUGGACAUUUACCAUUCAAGAACAAGAAGGACUAUGAGGUCAUUUCUGAGAAAGAUGUAAUCGAUAUCAUCCAGAGGUAUCUUCUGCCUGAAUCAGAGUUCAACACGGUUCAACAGCAGCUUACUCAUCAUUUGAUGGCUUUAUAAAGUAUGGAAGUUAAAAUCCUGUGCUGGAGUUCAAAUCAACUAAGUUAGAAGCUACACAUUCACAAUGAGUUUAGGUUGUUGGUGACUUCAGCUAAGAAAAUUUGGAUCUUUACACUGGAUUAUACUUGUGGGGCUGUACUGAAUCCUUCCUGCAUCUUGCCUAAAUAUAACACUGGAUGUGCACAAAUUACUAUUUAAUGGACUAAUGGAUG